CCAUUCCUCAUCUGUAUGGAUUUUGGUCGUGCUAGUAAAGAAACAGUGGACCCCACCUACUUAUGGAUUGGGCCUAAUGAAAAAGCAUUAACAGGAAAUAAUCGAAUAAGUGUAACAAACACAGGACAGCUGAUGGUGAAAGAUUUUCUAGAAGCUUUGUCUGGACUUUACACAUGUACUCUUUCUUAUAAGACUAUCAAAGCAGAAACUCAAGAAGAAACUAUUAUAAAGAAGCGAUAUGAUUUUAUGAUCUUUGCCUAUAGGGAACCUGAUUAUUCAUAUCAGAUGGCUUUGCGUUUCACCACAAAGUCUUGUAUAGGAAGAUUUAAUGACCUGCUUUUUAGAGUCCUAAAGAAAAUCUUGGAUAAUUUAAUCUCUGAUUUGUCAUGCCAUGUCAUAGAACCAUCAUAUAAAUGCCAUCUUGUUAAAGUUCCAGACCGUGGCCUCAUAAAUGAGCUAUUUAUAGCCUUUCAAGUUAAUCCUUUUGCACCAGGGUGGAAAACUGCAUGCAAUGUAUCUGUUGACUGUGAAGAUAUCACUAAUCAUAAUAUCCUCCAGGCAAGAGAUCGGAUAGAAGAAUUUUUUCGGAGCCAAGCAAACAUUUUAUCCCAUCACAUCAAUAGAAGUGUACCUGCUAUGCAUUUUGUGGACCAUAGUUUUCAGGUUGUACGUAUGGAUAGCUGUCGACCAGGCUUUGGAAAAAAUGAAGGCCUACAUAGCAACUGUGCUAGCUGUUGUGUGGUUUGUAGCCCUGGGACUUUUAGUCCCGAUGUUGAUGUAACAUGUCAGAUUUGCAUUUCUGUCCAUUCCUAUGGAGCUAAAUCUUGCCCAUAA